GUGUAUUAAAGCCAUUGUUGUACGUUUAGUGCGAGAAGCGAUAUAAAACAGAUACAGCAGUAUUACAUCCGCAAAUUUCAACUAUCGAUAGUGAGAUUAAGAAAUACUGUCGAAGAAAAUUAUGGCAGAUGAUCUGAGCCUGAAUCCUUCGACUUCCAUGUCGAUAACCGUGAGCGAAGUGACGGUGACUCAAACAUUCGCAGAUGCCUCGUUAAUUCCUGCGGAUCCUGUUGGCGGGGAUGCUGGUGAAGACAACAGUCAUCCCGUCAUGGUGAAAUGGAGUGGAAAGGAAAUCACUGUUUCCACCCUGAGCCAGUCCGCAACGAUUUUGCAGCUGAAAGAAGUGCUGUUCGAGCACACGAACGUCCUGCCUCAUCGGCAGAAACUCACGGGAGCAGGAAAAACUCUGUCAGACGAGCUGGCUUUGGGAAGUAUCUUCAAACGUAAUCAAAGAAUUAUGAUGAUUGGAACUCCCGAAGAAACACUGACGUCUUUUUGGGAUAAUCAGCCGGACAGCGGAAAUGUGGUUAAUGAUUUUGAAGUGAUGGCUGACCCCGAAAUACCUUAUGCCGCCCGCGUAGAGUAUUUAGAGAAAAUAUCGAGACACGUUCGAGAUUAUCGCAUGCAGAUAAUGAGUCAUUUUCGCGAGGGAAAAAAGUUACUGGUGUUGGACAUCGACUAUACCAUUUUUGAUAACGGUUCUGUGGGUCAAAAUGGACAGGAGCUAAUGCGGCCAUAUCUGCACGAGUUCCUGCAAGUAGCCUAUCGGAAUUUUGACAUUAUCAUCUGGUCGGCUACGAGCAAGCGGUGGAUUGUAGCUAAACUUCAGGAACUAGGAAUCACUUCCAAUGCUCGCGCUGGGCAUUAUAAGAUUGCAGCUUUGCUGGACGAUGCUGCCAUGAUUCAGAUUCACAGACCUGAAGGCCCUUGUACCGUGAAAGCUCUUGGUGUAAUUUGGGGAAAAUUUCCACAGUUUAGCGAAACGAAUACGAUUAUAGUCGACGAUCUGAGGCGCAAUUUUUUAAUGAAUCCCAAGAGUGGAAUACGCAUCACACAGUACCGCCGCGCGUUCGAAAAUCGGGACAAAGAUAUGGAGUUGGUUAAGCUCGCUGAAUAUCUGGAGGCUAUUGCUGAAGAAACUGAUUUCACGAAACUUAACCAUCGCAAGUGGGAAAGAAUUGCACACGAAUACCGAAAAAAGCUGAAGCGGCUGGAAAAAACGCUGUUCCGCACCCCGUCAUCCAGAGAUGGCGGAGACCAAGGGUCUGGUUCCAGCACGUAAAUGUUGCCCAUGCUGAGGGUUUCUUGUUGAUGCCAGUUUUGGACCAUAGCCAGUGUGAUGUGGAUUUUAUGCUGCUCAGAAAUUUUGUUUCUCCACUUCAGAAUGUUACUGCAGUGUGACAUACGUAGUAUUUUAGUUUCUCUUCCAAAAAACGAUCUGCAUUUUUUACUGGUUAGUGAUUUUUAAUUAUUUAUUUUUUCAUUGCAGGAAUGAUUAUUGUGUCUUGUUUUGCAAGUAGAUGUUUAAUGUGUAAACAAAUUUUUGGUUUGAAUAACAUUCUGUUUUCCAGCAA